AUUGACAUAGCAAAAAUAUUUAUUUUGUGAAAGAGUCAAAUAUGGAUUCAAAUUCUUCUGAAUAUCUUCUAAACCAUGCAACAACUCUUCCUUCUGUUUAUUAUCAAACCAAUAAUAAAGAGAAUGGUAAUUUUAUUGAUUUGGGACUAAGUCUUAGAGCUUUGCAGCCUGAGGCCUAUUAUCCAUCUACUCAUGGUGGCUAUGAUGAGUUGAUAGAUUGGCAACAUUUGCAUCCACAAUUAAGCAAAAAUUCAAGAAGUGAAUAUCCUACAAAUUUUAAUAAUUAUGAUGAUGAAAGUGAAGGGAUUCAAAGCAAAGAGAGAUGGGAAUAUGUGAAAGUUAAUAUGGAUGGAGUUAUUGUUGGAAGAAAAAUUUGUAUUCUUGAACAUUCAAGCUAUUCUAGCAUUGCAACACAACUUGAAGACAUGUUUGGAAAACAAAAUAUGGAUGGGCUAAGGCUAUUCCAAGAUGGUUCAGAGUUCUCAUUAUUUUACAAAGAUAGGAAUGACCAAUGGAGGAUUGUUGGUGAUGUUCCAUGGAACGAAUUUGCAGAUCGAGUAAAGAGGCUAAGAAUUAUGAGGAAAGAUGAAGCAUUCUUCCCCAACUAAUCAUCUUUUACUAAGUUAUGUUUGAUAAAUUUCUGACAUGUUUUAGUUUUAUUAAUAUUUCUGUUAAUUGAGUGACCAUAUUAAUUAGGUCCAUGGUAAUAUAUA